UUCUCCCUCCCUCCCUCAUUCUGGCUCUGUUGCCAAGGCUACCGUACAGCCUCUUGCUGCAUAUACCUAGACGAAGCUGCCGCCUGUGGAUCUCUCUCUCUCUCCUCCAGGAUACAAACAAAAGAAAAACCCAUCAGACUUUUAUACCUCUAUCUCUCUGCCACACACAGACACACACACCCUCAUUCGUAGAUUCUGCCUCUCAAAACCUCACACACGUCCUCUGCCUCUCACCGUCGGUCUGUCUGCUCCUUACAUGCAAACACACUCCUUCUCCUCGCAGACAGAGGAGCAGUAAAGGGAUUGGCGUGGUUCUUGGUGUUUGGCUCAGAGGGAGCAGAGCAGCAGAUGGCGAUGUGAAGACGGGCUCAGCCAGAUUUCACUCUGCCUCACAAUGGCUGACAACGGCUGGUUGCUUCAGGAUAAAGGAUUUAACUUGAUCAUGUGAUCUGACUCCAUUCCCCAGUUCCCUGCCAUCUAUCAUAGGGGGAUCAUGACCCGCCGGCUGAGCAGCUCCACCCGUUCCCACACUGAGGACUCCAUCUUCUUGAGGCCCGACGAGGACCCCGUCUGGCUGGAUGAGCCCACAAAGACUGAUAAGCUAGGUGACGGAGUCCCUAAAAAAGAUGGACUCCCAAAUUGCAAAGAUGGACCCCCAGGGGGCCAAAGUCCACAGGGAGAGGAAGUGUUUAUGCACAAGGUAUAUGCGCUGGUUAUUGAGAUCCACUGCUGGGCUGCACUGUUUGUCGUCUCCCAAGUCACGGGGUACUGGGUGUUUUUUGUUGUGGAAGGAAAUGGGCCGCUUUCUUCCAUCUACAAAGCCCUGCAGGUUAUCGACUUCUACCUUGGCUUCAUCUUACCCUGCCACCCGAUUUUUGGGAUGGAUUCUGUGGUGUUGAUGAGGGAAGUUGUAAACACCAAACAGCACAACUGGAUUGUCCAUGGAACUGCAGGAAUCGGUGUGGCCAUCUGCGUUAUCAUGGUUUUCCACAUGGUGUAUAAGUGGUGUUACGGCACUGGCUUGUGGUCAUCAGGAACAGUGUCACGGGACAUUGGUGAUCGGCGACAGUCUGUAAGCCGCCAGCCCUCCUUCACCCUGUCAGAGUGGACAGACGCACAGGAGGAUCUGCUGGACAUGGACCCUGUGCCCCAGACACCGGUCUUUGAAAUGGGCACUGACACCAGGACGGAGGGAGAUGCAGCCACCCUCACUGUCACGCCAGUUGGGCUUCAGGAGAGGAGGGGCUCCAAUGUUUCCCUGACCUUGGAUAUGUGUACACCCGGCUGCACUGAGCCCUACGGCUACGGAGCCCAGCUCUCCCCCAGAGACCAGUCAGCCCAGGAGUAUCUCCGACAGGGAACACACGUCCUGACCCCUGCUAUGCUACACACACGGGCCAUGGAUGACCAGAGCCUGCAGGCUGAGUUUUAUGAAACUCCCAUGAACUUUGUGGACCCUAAGGAGUACAACUACCCGGGGCUAGUGAGAAAGAACCGAUACAAAACCAUUUUACCCAACCCGCACAGCAGAGUGAUCUUGAAGUCACUGGAUGAAGAUGAUUUUCUUAUUACUUACAUCAAUGCUAAUUAUCUUAAGGGUUAUGGCGAUGAGGAGUGUGCAUACAUUGCUACCCAGGGUCCCACUGUGAACACAGUGGGAGACUUCUGGAGGAUGGUGUGGCAGGAGAGAAGCCCGAUCAUAGUGAUGAUCACUAACUUGGAGGAGAAAAACGAGAAAUGUGCAGAGUACUGGCCUGAGGACACUGUGACUCAUGAGGGCAUCAAGAUCACUGUUGUCACGGUAACCCAAGAAGAUGACUACAGUCUGAGGGUGUUUACUUUGAAGUGUGGGGAAGAGGAGCGUAGUCUGCGGCAGUACUGGUACACCUCGUGGCCUGAUCAGAAGACUCCAGACAAGGCUCCGCCUCUUUUGGAGCUGGUGCAGGAAGUGGAAAGAGCUCGAGAAGAAGCACCGCCCUCCACCGGCCCUAUAAUUGUUCAUUGCAGUGCUGGAAUUGGUCGAACUGGCUGCUUCAUCGCCACCUCCAUCCUGUGCAAGCAGCUGAGGACUGAGGGUGUGGUUGACAUCCUGAGAACCACCUGCCAGCUCCGUCUGGACAGAGGUGGGAUGAUCCAGACGUGUGAGCAGUACCAGUUUGUGCAUCAUGUCCUCAGCCUGUAUGAGAAGCAGCUGUCUCACACUGCUGAGGAGUAGAGUGAGCGCUACAGCCACACCCAGACCGAGACACACCACUGUACACUAUACCACCUUUGGUGGUAUGCACCACUGUACCUAGCAUCAUCUCAAUUGUCACCCUUUAACAAGUUUGAACCAUGUUAAUCUCUUCACCCAAGACAGGCUCCCUCACACAGGACUGAACGGUUGACAUGAAAUCUGUGCUUUACUGUAUGUCUUUGAAGAGGACAAACAUAGGGAGUUGGGGACAGGCACUUCUGUUUCAUUGAUCCACACAGUCCUGGAGAGUUUUAACAGUCAGGCUCAAAAUAAUCCAAACCAACACUCCUGACAUCAUAUCAUUUGCACUGUUAAGGUUUUAUCACCUUACUGUACACGAGUCUCAGUCAUCAAGGCCUAAUUUAGUACUUUAGGUCUGAAAUAACCCCCCUCACAUACUGUAUGUACAGUUUUAAAAGGUUAAACUGGAGCUGAUGUAUAAUCAGAUCACCUGCAGCAGGGUCAGUUUGCUGUAAGGAUGAAAUUCAAGUUCAGAUUCCCAAGUUAUUGUCAAUACUAAGGGCCCUUUACAGUAUAAAUGCCAGCAUAGUAAAAAUCUACAGAAGUGAUCAAAUGCCAGCCUAAUCUAAACAGUAUAUAGAUGUAAAAGUUCACAUAAAAUAUAAGUUAACUUACAUCUUUUCUCAUUGACUCUCAUUGACUCUCUUUAAAUGUAAAAAAUCAUUACAGAAGGCCUGUUUCAACUUUUGAUGCAUUCAGGAGCCAACUCAUCUUCAGGUUGCAUGGUGCUAAGUGUUCAUUAAAGGCAUGUGCAAUGUUAUGGAAUUUAGGAAUGUAUAACAAUUAGGUUAUUAAUUAACUAAUUAGGAUUUCUGUGCAAUCUACAGUAUUACAGUUUUACCAUGCUGCCUGUGCAGUCCUCAUGGCCCAUGAUGUUUACAGUAAACACUUCCUGCAUUAAGGCCACAUAGACAUACACUCAGAGGCAUCACAGAGCCAGCGACACUGAGGUGACAGAGGCCAGAAAUAGAAUCAGACCGUCGGAAAAAUCAAUGCAAAGCCCUAUCAAACCUCUCGAGAAUCUGACACACACACAGGGACACACACAGGGACACACACACACAGGGAAAUGUGAUUUAGAGGAAAGCAAAACAUUGCAUAAUAUUUUUGUAAAGGUCUCACUAAUGAAGCUUGUCGCCCUCUGAGUUACAUGCUCUGUGAUGCCUCUGCUUUCAACAGUAGCUUGAACACAUCUGUGAAGUAAGAAGCCCAUGAUUGUUGUAUAGACAGGCCAGGCCUAAUCUGUAUGAAGCACAAUAGACCAACUAAGGUUGUCUCUGAUGUUCAGCUGUAAAAGUUCUUUUCUUUCCCGUAUUGUGUUUUGAUUGUGUUGAGUUUAAUGGAUUGCAUGUGCUGUAUGGGACUCCAUAGGUCCACAAUCAAAGCGACGUGAUAGGUUGUCCUGCUUUUUGUUGUGUAAAAGGGUUUAAGCCUAUUAUAUUGCUUGCUCUCGGCCAAUGCUUUUGAUACAGUUUGCUUUUGUGAAACCAACCAGAGAUAUUUUUAGAACAUUUUGAUACAAUCCUUUCGAGUAGAUGCCUUGUGUAUAUUUCCGUUUACACCAUGAUGGAAUGUAGCUCAUACUGUGGAUCAAACCAUUGGUUUAUAUUGCAAGAUUUGACAGAACAAAAAUGUGACAACUACCUAAGUUACCUUACAGUACAGAAAAUAAAUAGAUUAUGUUUAGUCUUCAGUAUUAUUACUUUAUGCCUUUAGGCUUUGCUUUAAUAUGCUUUGCUUUCUGUGUAUGUUUCUAUCGUUUUCUUGGAGAAUUUUACCUCAGACUGAGUUUCAGUCUCCACUCGAUUUCCAUCUGUGACUCUAGGCCACUCUCAGUUGACAACAUGAGAAAUAAUUGCUAUGUGUAAGGCAGCUAAAACAGUGAAGACCGUUUUCUAUGUAACAAAAAAAAAAAAUCACACUCAAACAACAAACAAACAACAGUCAUGAACAUUAUCAGAGGAUGGAAUUAACAGCGUGGGCUAGGACCAAUUUAUAGACAUCAAAUCAACUAGCAAAUUAAACUGCCAAAAUGAUCUUUUACAUGAAAAAUAGGACAGGGAUUGAUAAGAAAAGAUACAAUCUGACUUUUGACAUAAUCCUCUGAUAAUGUCCAAUGUACUUGACUGAAAAGAUUUUAUUUUGAGUGCUUGUUUUCAAUGCUUACCUGUUCCUCUUCUGAUGAUCAAAAUGGGGAUGACGAAAUAGCCAAACAGUCAGAUAUACAACCAACCAGCAAUCAGUAUUCCUCUCCUCUGCUACAGUAUCGCUUUAAGUUGUGAGUUUUUGCAUCCAAAUAAAGGUAGAUUUUCAUGAA